AUACGCUAACAGCAGCAUCGACAGGCACUGAUAUCGCCAGCAGGGCCUUUAUAGAUAAAACCGGUCUGAGGAGGCGAACCGGUUCAGGACGAGCUGCGCGAGGAACCAGUGACGUCACAGUUCGCCGACUGGUGCUGCAGAGCGUGCCAGCAGGACCUCAGUUUGAGGAAAUGACCGAGAGUGACCUCAAAGAAAACACUGUUUUUCCACGCUUUUCCGUAUUUUUAUUUGACACUGUAUUGCAAUAAAAUGGGCACUGGAGAUUAUAGUGACGUUAUAGGGUAUAUGCGCUAACGCUGCGUUACGGAAAAAAGCACCGUCUAACGUUAGCCGGUCGGCGUUAGCGACACAGCUAAGCUAAGCUGAGCUAGCGAGCCACGGUGAUUGGGCUUUUGUCUUCGUUUUUCCCCUGAUGCUAAGCUAGGAAAUGGACAAAGCCAAGUCAAUGGUGGACAAGAAAGGAGCGACGGCAGGUUUUCAUUUCAACAACGGGCAGAGUCAGAGAGGAUUUCACGCCGGGCACGUCGCUAACGGCGGCUGCAGCAGCAGCGGCGGAUCGCACAGCAGCAGCGCCUUUGACGGCAUGCAUCAUCACCUGCACCGCAGCGACGGUGCGGAGUGCAACGGCUCCCCGGCCAAGAGGUGCAGGCUUCGGAGAAGGACAGAGUCGCUGAGACGGAACAGACCCCCAUUCCCAUGGUUUGGCAUGGAUAUCGGUGGUACUUUGGUCAAGUUGGUGUACUUUGAGCCAAUGGAUAUAACUGCAGAGGAAGAACAGGAAGAAGUAGAGAACCUUAAGUCCAUCCGUCGCUACCUCACCUCAAAUGUGGCCUAUGGUAAAACAGGAGUCCGUGACGUCCACCUGGAGCUGAGGAACCUGACCAUGUGCGGCCGGACGGGGAACCUGCAUUUCAUUCGCUUCCCGACACAAGCCAUGCACCGCUUCAUCCAGAUGGGUCGUGACAAGAACUUCUCCAGCCUGCACACUACUCUCUGUGCCACUGGUGGUGGGGCGUACAAAUUUGAGAAUGACUUCCGAGCAAUGGCUGACCUGGAACUGCUGAAGCUGGACGAGCUGGACUGCCUCAUUCGUGGCCUGUUGUUUGUUGAUCGGAUGGGAUUCAAUGGCCAUCCAGAGUGCUACUACUUUCAAAACCCUUCAGACACCCAGAGCUGCGUGAAGACACCCUGCACCCUGGACAACCCUUUCCCAAUGCUGCUGGUCAACAUCGGUUCUGGGGUCUCUAUACUGACUGUAUACUCGGAGGACAACUACAAACGAGUAACUGGGACCAGUUUGGGAGGUGGUACGUUCCUGGGACUCUGCUGUCUGCUGACAGGCUGCGAGACAUUUGAGGAGGCGUUGGAGAUGGCCAGCAAGGGCGACUCCACCAAUGUGGACAAACUGGUGAAGGACAUCUACGGUGGAGACUAUGAACGUUUUGGCCUGCAGGGCUCUGCUGUGGCAUCCAGUUUUGGUCACAUGAUGUGCAAAGAGAAACGAGACAGCAUCAGCAAGGAAGACUUGGCCAGAGCAACGCUGGUUACCAUCACUAACAACAUCGGAUCCAUAGCACGCAUGUGUGCUGUCAACGAGAAAAUUGAGCGUGUGGUGUUUGUUGGGAACUUCCUCCGUAUCAACACAGUGUCCACCAAACUGCUAGCCUAUGCCAUGGACUUCUGGUCUAAAGGACAACUACGAGCCCUCUUCCUGGAACAUGAGGGUUAUUUUGGAGCUGUGGGAGCGCUGAUGGAGCUGCUGAAAACAACCGAUUAGCCGUGAAAGAAAUUCUCUGACCGUGUCAUCGACCCUUGACGAGACGAUGUCGUUUAUCCCUCUAGGCUGUGAUGUCAUCAUCUCCUGAUGCUGCGAUGUCUUCAGUUUUUGACGCUGCUGAGAGGUCCCUUUCACAGAGUCCAUGAAAAGAACACUAAGGGUGGGAGAUGUGAGAAACAGAAACUGUUAAAAGCCAUUUUGCUAAUUUAAUACUUGUAAAUAUUAACCUCUAGUAGGAAACACUCAAACUUUCUGACCGGAUGAUGGAGAUUUUUAAUAUUGUAAUGAUUAAUUUAUGGUUUCCUGUCGAUUGCUGUAAUCAGCAUUGAGCUGGGAGGCAAAAUGAUCGAUUUGUGUGUGUGUGUUACUGUGUGUGUUUGCGGGAAUAGCUACUGUAGCAAACGUUCUUGAGGCUGUAUCCCCCCGGGCAACUGUUUAUGCAACAUUACUUUAAUAUCUAUUUAUAAUGUAAAAUAUUUCUGCACAUACAUGAAGUUUGGUUGAACGUAAAGCUAUAUGGCGUUCAGUAUGCCCGUAAC